CAGCGUAAAAGCCGACUCUGACUUCAGUUUUUAAUUCGAGACGCUGUUUUGUGAAUGCAGCAAAAUUAACUGAAGACGCUUCCGUUUCAAAUUAAAAAAUAUAUAAUAAUAUAUCGUCGAAAAUGAGUCGAAAGGAGAAGCUGCAAGAAUAUCUGGAGUCGAUUAAAGGUCGCCCUGUCGUUGUAAAACUGAACAAUGGAGUUGAUUAUCGAGGGGUGUUGGUUUGUUUGGACGGGUAUAUGAACAUUGCUCUGGAGCAGACCGAGGAGUACGUCAACGGACAACUAAAGAACAAAUACGGGGACACUUUCAUCCGUGGAAAUAACGUUCUCUACAUCAGCACUCAGAAGAGAAGGGGGGUGGCUUAAUUUAAAAUAUGCAAAUAAAUAUACUAGUAAUAUUAAUUGUCGUUUAUUUAAACUAAUAAUUAAUUUGAAACAAAGAAAAAUUAUGAAAUCCAUCAAUAUAGUUUUGUUUUUAUAUUGUUAUAUUUCGUAUAUAUGAAAUAAAUUGUAUUUGUAAUGAGCUAGAAAAUUGA